CACUACCGGCCGGUACAGUACUGUAUUAUCCUACAGCACAGUACCGUACAAUACUCAGUACUCAUACUAUUGCAAUCUGACUACUAUUGUACAGUGCUACAAGUAUGAUACCGUAUGAUACCGACAAAAAAUGAUGGACCCAUGUUCCCCUAAAAUGGUCCUGGUCUGCGCGCGCAUGUAAAUCGUUUAGCCAAUAUUUUCCGAUUUUUGAGAUCCCCUGGUUCGGCGUGUUGUCAGUUCGCGCUACCGGUAACUCGUACAAAUUGCAUCCAAGCUCUACAUGCUGUUGCUACUUUUGGUCGCAAACCUACGAGUUUAAGUUCCUACUUACUAAGUACGAGUACUACCGUAGGAGAGGUCACCUUUUUCUCUCUUUGCCUCCGACGUCAAGGACGCGGACGAUUUCGUGAAUGGUUCGAAGAGUGCAUCGAAAGAAAAACAACAUUAGGACACCAAGCCAUGGAAAUCGUUGCCAUAAGCAGUGACGGGGCCGCGGUCACCGUGAGCAAACCCUCCGUGACCGAAGUGGGAGUCAACGACUCGUUCUCGACGGAUUCAACGUGCUCGGUACCAAAUGACGACGACGAGAGCGACGCUGCCGGAAAUGCAAACCCUCCCCCGAGAGGUCCAUUCUCCGGGUUUCGCCAGCGAAGGGCCGAGCGCAUCGCCGCCCGAACUUCUCUGCGUUGUGAAAGGGAUGAAGCAGAUGCCGCUCGGAAGAAGGCAAUCGAAGAGGAACGGCGACGAGCCCAGGAACAGCAGAGAAAGGCCGAGGAAGCCAUUCCGGAAAGGUUGAUCGAACCGGACCUUGGGUCCCUUAGAGCCGGAAGAAUCAGCGUAACUGUCUCGAAAACAGAGUCAAAUUCCUACGGAUUUGGGCUGGCACAGGUUCCCCGUAAGAAAAACAUGGUUAAGGUGGAUGCCCUGGUAAAAGAAGGGGAUAAGCAUCUGUUGAGCCAGUCCCCUCUCCGCGAAGGUGACAUUCUCAAAAUGGUCAACAACCAAGAAGUUACCGAUUACAGAACCGUCAUGCUCCUCCUCAUGGGAAUGGAAGGACGGGUGACCAUGGUCGUAGAGACUCCGGCGACACAAGGCAAUCCCGCCAUGAUCCAAGCAUUUUGUCGAAAACCCUUGCCCGAAACAACGAUUGGCAUCGAAUUCCAGGUCGUGGAGCACAACACAACCCAGAAUUCAUUGUGCAGGGAUCCCAAUGGAACGAUGGAAGUUACCACCACGAAAUUAUUGCAAAUCAAAACGGUGAAUCCCGAUGGAUAUCUAGCACACUCGGCACUACGCCAGGGAGACUUUGUGCUGGCCAUCAACGACAAACCCUGCACGGAUACGACCGCGGAGGAGGCAGCUGCAAUGAUCCUAGAAUCUGAGUCCACCGUGAACAUACUCGCCUUGAAUCCGGAACUCGCACAAAAGCACUGUUCCCCUACUCGUGCCCAGCGGUGGAUGCGAAGGGCAAGGCGUACCGGGGUCGGGGUUGCGGGGGGCACAAUGCGUAAGUGGAAAUUUUAUCGUCGUUCAUGCCUGAUUGCGAACAAGGGCACGGUUUCUUUGUCUUGCAAAACGUACCAAUGCUACGGUCCCUAAUGACAUCUUGUACUUGUAUUUGCCUAUAAUGCUCCGUUGGCUGUCCAUAUCUUGGUGUAAUCAGUGGGUCUCGGAUUGAUCAUGAUUCCGCUUCCCUUUCCGCCACCAUUUGGAGAAGUGCUUGUCGUGGGUGGUGUAUCUGUCCUAGGAACGGAAUUCGAGGCACCCAAACGGGUCGCGCGGAGCGCUCGAAACGCACUUCAGAAUGCGGUCGGGAACGGAGAGAAAACCGUUUCGGCUGAGGUGUUGAAGCAAAUGGAGAGCGUCAGCAGCAACGACGAUGGCAACAUCGCCGAUGGAAGUGUCGGCCCGGGCGACGACAACGUCGGCGAGAGCGAACACGACUGCAAAGACGAAAACCCAACCGAAUCUGAAAAAGUUGUGUUGAGGGACAGUUUCUUGACCGUGAUCGGCCACCAUCAAACCGGAAUGCCGAUCGUUUCUGGCGAUGAGACCGAGCCUUCCGACGAAGCCACCAAUGUUGUCGACUGCUGGUCGCAGGCAAACAUCGACGCCAACAUCGAGAAUAUGUACAGUGGGAACGAGCACGAUAUGCCGUCUUCGCCAACGGGAACGAGGCACUUCCUGAAGAACGUCGGACGGAACGUUGUACUUCCGUUUCUAGACCAUGUUGUUGGAGAUGGGAAACAGGGCGAGAGUCAAGGGAAACUACUCGAAUCCAAACCAGCAACCGCAAAGGAGGAGUUGAACAUUACGGCGGCGACUACCGAAAACUAAGACCAUGGGAACAAUAUAAAACAUACCACAAACU